GUCAACUCUAUUGAUGGAAUGAUGAUUUCGGUGUUCUCAUUCCGCUGAUUUUAUAAUUCUUCAUGCUCAAGCUUCGUUUGCAACGCUAUACUCGUAAUGUGCUAUUGGAAAACGGGAUUGCAUGUCCGAGAAUCCAGGUUGUCUGUAUGGAUUUGCUAUGCAAUCGGGCUACCAGGAGCAUCUAGAUUCUGAGACCAAUUUUUCAUCUAUCCCGCAAUUUCUUGCUCAAAGCUUACAAGUGUCUAUUUCUUGCCAACAGCAUGGAAUCAUCAUUUCCUGCGAAACUGUUACCAGUGAGAGUAAUAUGACUGAAGCCAAUGCGUGGAAAUUGAAUUUGGAUCGACCUUGCUAAGUUGGAUGGAAGAAGAGCCAAGCUUGACGAUUUCGAAAUGGAUUGAAAUCUCCCAAGGAACAGAUAUUAUGUUGAACCUACCGGAAAAGGUUAACGAACCCCGAGAAUCCAAUCUCUUAGAGUUCUUCAGAUCGAGCUGACCCAGACUGAUACUUGUAGUACCCUCCUUUGCUACCAGUAACUCCGGGCAUAUUAGUGUUUGGUUUCUUGGAGCGGGGUGGUCUUCAUUUGAACUAGUUGGCGAAAGUUAUGUGUACUGCCAAUUUGGUUGGACUAAAGACCUUUUUGAAGAUAGAAAGGGAUAUGGGGAGUGAUUGCACUGUAUACCUCCCUGUUCAAUCAGAUUGGCGACGAAACUGGUGAUUUUCUGGCGAAGGCAAAUCAAAAGUUUGUAAACUUUUUCACUCGAAAGAUCAUGACACAGUGAUGGAGUCACUAGCUUCAACUGGCUUGGCAACCGUUCGCGCCUUAGCGGAUGUGAGGUACGGCUGUUGAACAUAUAUAUAUAUUGAGCCACAUCCCACCAGAUUGGGGAUCUUCACACAAAACCAGCACACAAUGGACCCCCUCGAAACUGGAUUUCUGGAUCGUUAUCAGCGGGACAAAAAGGUGGAUUUGACUAUCAUAAACUCCAUUACAAACCCACUUCAUCCAUUGAAACCUAGGCCUAUUCAAUCACAGAUUCCUAAACUGCCUCGUACACCCAGGUCAACAUUUCUUCGGACAUUCAUGAUCACACCUAGACUACUCCCUAUCGCAUCACCAAUUUUUCCUCAAACAUGUCAUUUAGCAAAACUACCCGAGGAGAUAUUUUGUAUCAUAAAAGGAUUUUUACCCCCAUCAUCAGCUGUGUUACUAGCACUCACCUGCACAGAGUUUCUCGAAGCAAUAGGAAGUGACCCUUUCAAGGCACUGGCGAGGGACCGUUUCGAAAAAUAUGUUCUUCUCUGGUCCAUUGCAAAAGAACUCCCUCGGCAAAGUGUCUGCCAUUCUUGCAAUCGACUCCAUAAUAAUGAGAUCGCAUUGAGAAGUUACCGAGAUGGAAGAAACGGAUGUAGAGAAUCUCAAGAGAGGCACGAAGAUCUGGAGUGCCGAUUAGUAAUUCGUCUGGACUGGGACUACAAGGAAUUGCUAGAUGGAAAUUCCAGUCCAAGAAUUUUUAAUAUGGCUAUGAAGCAUUCGCUCCACUAUCCGGAUUGUGAGGACUUUUUGAACGCACUUUCCGGAGAGUGUACAGCUGAGGGUAAUUUGCUUGGUUGGGUUAAAGAAUCCCAAACAGAUUGUCGGAUUUUCCGGGGAUCCUUCGUCCAUCGUACGCAGAUGGCUUGGAUUACAGCCACAGAUAACCAAACACCAUUUGGUUUAACUCUGGAACAAUGUGCUCACACAAGGCUUUGCUACGUGGAUAGGGUUAUAUAUACAAAGUCCUAUGGGCUUUCACGCGAUGAUGAUGAUGCAGAAUCGCAGAGUGUUCUGUUCGAUUGCGACUCCCCAGAGAUUACUUUGGAUCUCGUGAAGUGCCGUCGCUGCUCUACACAAUGUCAGCUGACAAUGAAACCCUUAGCUGCGAAAGGGUCAGGAAUAGCAAUUUACAUUACUAGAUGGGCUGAUCUGGGAUCCGGUACAUUAGACGAAAAAUGGCAGAGAUACUUCCAACGGGGCAGAUUCGAAUUCAAAUAUCAGCAGCAACCAGAUGGGCUAUUUUUGUCUUCAGCAUUCGAGAAUGAUGGUGGAUUUCGAAGCAAGAUAGAGGAUCAACGCUAUGCAUCGCUGUUCCAUUCUUCAGAUCCCAAAGAACCAGUUAUCGAUAAACAUUACCUAGUAUCGUCGGGAUGAUUAGAUAUAGGGAAUACGUUCGGUAUUGAUGCAGAGACAGGACGUUCAAACACCACGAUCUCUCCCAAAGCCAUAGUCGCGAUUAGUCAUCACAGUUUCUUUCAAAUCCCGUGGUUAUGCGAUUAGUCAUCACAGUCUCUUCCCAAUCCCGUGGUUAUGAUUGGUCGUCAACAUCAGCACCAUCUAUGUUGAAUCCAGUACCGCGGGGUAGUUUGGACCCAAUUGCAAACACAGAUUCAGAACAUUUGAAUGUUCAGCUAUUUCACUCGUAACGCGGAGAUAUAUAGCUAAUAUAUGGAUUCUUCA